AUGGCCGCGAUCUACGUACAGCCCGCCGCUGCUAACUACUUCAAUGCCCCCUCCCACGCUCCCCAGAAACAGAGGGGCUACCGACUAUGCGACCAAUGCGGUGCAAUCGAACAACCUUCUGGGGCUCGCUUCCGCUUGUGUGGUGGAUGUAUGACCACCCAAUACUGCUCUCAGGAGUGCCAGAAGAUGCACUGGUCCUCACAUAAACAGAUCUGCCAACAUACCGCCGGCCAGAUCGCAACCGCGAAACAGCCAGGUGCACCCGACGAGAAUCUCGUCAAGAGCCUGCGCAAAUUCGUCUCAGCACAUUCAACACUUCUUGGCUGGGCGGGCUUCCAGGCGCUUCAACUGAGGCGCAUCCCUUCGAAUGUCCGCCAGAACGCGCUCCUCGUCGAGUUGAGAUACAACCCAUCGGCAUCCGACGCAGUCCGUCGCUUCUCCAUCAAGGGCACACAUGUUGUCCCUCGUACAUACGUCACCGACAACGACCCACUCGUGGGCGCUGACAUUCAGCGACGCGAGGACCGGUGUCGUCGCUCGGGUGGCAUCGGCACCGCCGUCAUCCUUGUCCAAUGCGGCGACAUCAGCCAAGUCAUGCCCGUGGAGGUCGACGCACCCGGCAAAAUCUCUUGGGACUCCCGGGACGACUGGUCUGACGUUCUCCGACACUUCGUCGACUCCGGCCGGAUAGACUUCAAGCCCAUCUCGACGACGCCGAGGGGGAUCGUCUACGGAUGAAACCUCCCUUUCCCUUCUCAUUCGUCCGGCGGCGUCGACCGUCAUCGUUGCAUCUCACCACGAGCGCUGGACUUGCUCGUGCUUUUCGCCGGUUC